UUUGUUAUUGCUGCGUGCUGACAGGUGCUUCUCAUCUUUUCGAAAAACCUCAGGUUAUGGAAAUAAGAUGGAUUUCAUGACAGUGAAGAAAAUAGCAUCUAAUGCUGUUGAUUCUCACAAACUAAUAGAUCAGUUGGUGAGCCAGAUCAAAGCACAAAUAGAUGAUAACAAAAUCACAGGACCAGGUGUUUGUGACAUUUUGUUUUUAUUGGAAAGCAUCAUAUCAUAUGAUCAAGACUUGGAAACUAGUUACAUCCACAAGGUUUUGGACAGCGUGUGCCUUUCCCUUCUUGGCAAGAUCCACCCCUCAAUCGAUAGUCGUGUGGAGAACUUGGCCGUAUUGACCAGUGUUAGUUCCCUGUGUGGUACAUGCCUGCUUAAAGCUGAUGAAGUGAGAGCAGUUACACUUAUUGAGCAGUGUCUAGGGCUGCUGAAAAAUUACAGUCAUGAUACUGAGUGGCCAUCUGAAGAGGAGGGAGUCAUGGACAUUUAUUGCUGUUUAUCAGUUCUGCAGCACAUUUCUAAACAGAGCAGGAACAAUGCUUUACCAACUGUACAAUCUAAACUUCUUCUGGGUUAUUUCAUCAUUGCACAGGCAAUGAAAUAUAUGAAAAAUAACUUACUUAUUAACAUGACUAUGAAUUGUCUACAGAACAUAAUAAGUUUAAGCUCUGAUGGAAAGUUAAACAGACUCACUGCUGUAUGGGAAUUGAUCUUUGAAGAAUUUGAUGCAGGAAAUGAAAAACCAUAUGUUUUACUCUGUGGUAUGGCCAACCAUUUCUUUCCUGUAAUCAAUAACAAUGUAGUUCUUGAUUUAAAAACUAAGGAUGCCUUCUGGAGAAUUAUCCAACAAGGAAUAAGUAAAACAACACCAUCGUCUAGGAAACAGAGCAUGUAUCUGCUGAAGCGAAUCACAGACAUCUGUAACACCUGUGGAGUCAGUGUUCAGAGUGAACACCUGUUCCAGUGGGGGCCCAGUGGUGACUACCUGGAGAUAUGGGAUGACUACAUCUUGCUGCUGGAAACUCUUGAGGAGAGACAGGUUCACAUUAUCAAGCCAGUACUUCCAAGACUUUCCAAAUUAAUUAAGGCUACACACAUUAAACAGAAUGGGCAAGGAACAUUGCACACAUCUUGGCUGAUUGCUCUUUUUAAGAGAUUCCUGAUGCAUGAAAGCAUCUUUGUUGUGAGAUGGGCAACAAAUGCAGUUUUGACGUUAGAUCUCAAUCUUUGCCCAAUGCUAAAACAAGAUGAGGACAAGUAUUUCUCUGAAGAUUUCUUGCUCUCAAUACAAGAGCCAAAGCUGUUCAUCAGACCAGAAGGGGCACCUGCAGGGACAUGCCCUUCCUGUGGAGAGGCACUCACGGGAUUCUUCAGAAAUUGCUGGGAAGUCCUGGCCACCUCUGCUACUAAAACUGCUUUUUUCAGGAACAUCUUAACAACAAUCCUUAGCCACACCUGGAGUCCUGUACCAUUACAGUUUAUUUUUGAGGCAUUGUCUAAAAUCCCGGCCACUCCCAUCUUGGACUCAGUUGGUCUUCAGGAUCUGAAAAAUAGUGUCAGCUCCAACAUGAGAACCUGGGAUGGCUUUACCAGGGGAACAGUGCAGUGUUUCUGUGGACAGAUUCUCCUGAACCUCAUCAACACAGAAACAACACAGCCCGUGGAUUUUUUUUCAACACUCACCAUGUAUACUAAAACAGAGAGUCUGUUUCGAAGAACAAGUUUUUGGAAAGAAGUGGUUUAUUGGCUGAAGAUGGUCACAAAAAAGGAGAUAAAGACUUGGACAUCAAAUGACAUAAAAUCACUCAUUAAAAACCAAAUCACCAAACACCUGGCAGUCAAAGAUGGAGGUGAGAGUAUUUUGGACGAGACUGAUAUAUUGAUGACUGUUCGCCUGGUUCUUCUAUCUGUGGAUGCUGAUAUUCUUCCCAUGAAGCCUGGAGAUGAUCAGGAGACAUAUUCCCUGACACACUGUCUGCAGGCACUGACCCACCUCAUCAAUGACUUCCCCACCCAUCCCUACAUGCCUGUCAUCAAGGUGGAGCGGGCUCUACAGCUGUUGACUGGCCUUGUCACAGAAGUGGGAGGAGAUUCUACAGAUGAUGACUUGUCUCAGUUCAUCAAGAAGUCUCUUGGUGCCUCUGCUGCUGCAAUAGUAGUAUUCAUUCAACAGAGAUUGGCAGAGGGAUGGAGACUGACAAGUGAUCUCCCCUCCCUGAGGCUUUGCUGUGAUGCACUGUCAUUGGUUGUAAGUGGGUCAUGUGAUAGCAAUACAAGAGAAGGAGUCAGAAGCUUGUCCAAAAGAUGUUUACAGUACCUUCAGACCUUAAAACAGGACAGUUCAGAGAAUCAAAUAAGGCGACUGGGAGCAAGUACAGUGCUGGGUACUAUCACAAAUCACGCUUCCGACCAGACACUAGUCCAUGGUCUACUCGCUCUCAUCCAAUCAGCUUCCUCGUUUAUUCCUGCCACCUUCAUAAAGCCACCCUCUGAUGAUGGCAUCAGCCAAAAAGAAUGGGGUGCUCUUGCAUCAGAUUUUAUGACAAGUCAGUGGAAAACGGUAUAUUUCUACCUCCAAAAUACCAAGCCCUCCGACUCCUUCAUCAGUGUGGAGAAUUGUCUGGAUUAUCUCGCUGUUAGUUCGGGGGAAGCUACGCUUAUUCUCUUCAGCUGCAUCAAGAUUCUCCUACCAAUGAAAAUUGUUGAAGGAAAGUUGGAUACUGUUGUGGAGGUGCUUAGACUAGCUUGGAAUUACCUGUUGGAGCAUCAGGGGAAGGGAACCAGUUACUGGGCUUACCUGGAGGGAUAUGCAGACAUGGCAUUCCAGCGAGUGCUGAUGACACAGCCAAAAGAGUCAGCAGUCACACAGAAACUUCUAGAGAUUGCUGGUGAGCUGCUAUUAGCCGGGGAGGAGAAGAGUGGGGUGGUAAACGUCCUCCUGAAACGUCUGCUCACUGAUUGUCCGCUCCCGAUGGAGAACUUCCUGUCUGUCGUUGUACAGUGCUGUAUGUUUGGACCCAUUUACAAAAAACAGGACAAACUGUUGAUUGAUGUGUAUAGUUACAUGUCAUCACUUGGGUCAAGGUUAGCUGUCAACCAGCUCAAUCCUUGGCAACCAAAAAAUCUGAUGUUACGAGUCUGGCUUGUGGAAUUUGUGUGCCACUUGGAUCCCCAGAAUUCCCUGCACCACUCCUUUGGAAACCGUUUCCUGUCAGCGUUAUUUGAGAAGUACCAGAAGUUAGUGCAGAUAUCUACUGGCAAUAUCUUCAUCAACUCUCUGGCCCAUCGUCAGAAGAACAGACUGAUGCAGUUUGCGCUGCUUUUGGAGCCAUUCAUUUCACAGGCUGACAGUGGGAGAGUCUUUGAGCUGUGUCUGGAUUUCUUGGGUCUUGAGAUGCAGCCUUCGGUCCGGCACUACCAGGAGUGGAUGUGUAUGAGGCUCGUGUCAAGAUUUCCAGGCCUGGUGGCUAAACUCUGGCCAGCCUUUGAAAAGCUCCGAAAAACCAGUACAGCAGGCCUCUGCUCACUGCUCCAUAUUGUUGUUCAUACAGGACCACUGCAGCCCACGAAGAGCCAGGAGGUGUUCUAUGAUUCUGCUCUGAACAAGGUGCUCUCUCUGUCCAUGGCCCACCACUUCCACACUCGGAUACAUGCCCUGGCGGUUCUCUCCUUGAUGUGGGACCAGUGUAAAACACUCGGGCUUCAAGCAAUUCUCAAUCGUCACAGCAUCAUCCAUGCCUGUUUUUCUUUCUUUGAUGAAGACAACAAUUCUGCAAAGAAUGUGAAGAAAUUACUGGAGAAUUACUUUCUGAAUGUCCUUGACCUUCACAGAGACUACAGUUUGGAGACCUUGUUUCACACCUUACCUCGCCUCAGUCUGUUGAAUGAUGAUGAGUGGAUUGCCCCUCAUUACUUUUCUGCCUACCCUAAGGCCUGCUACAUCCCACUUCUGAACCCUGACCCCAGCCUAGCUAAGUGUGAGGAAAGAACAAGACAUUUGAGAGUCCAAAAUGAGGGUGAAUCAGAGGAGGCAGUGGGAGAUAUACAGAAGAAAAUAAUGCCAUGGCGACUGAUGAACCCUGAUGACGAGGUUGUUGAAGAGUUGGAGUACGCCAAACGUCAGCACAAGUCUAACGGACUAAUUCUAGUGACCUCCCUGAUAGACAAAGUACCUAAUCUUGGAGGGCUGUGCCGGACCAGUGAGAUCUUCGGAGUUUCUGAGUUUGUCAUUAAUAAACUGAGAUAUGUGGAGGACAAGGUGUUUCAGUCCCUCAGUGUCACAGCUCACAAGUGGGUCCCGAUCAGAGAGGUGUACGAAGCCUGUCUGCCGGAAUAUCUUCAGCAUAAGAAAUCCCAGGGCUACACCCUAGUGGGCGUGGAACAGACAGCUAACAGUGUAUCACUAAACGACUUCAGAUUCCCCACCAAAACACUGCUCUUACUCGGAAAUGAGAAGGAGGGAAUCCCAGCUGGCCUGAUCAGCCUGCUGGAUGUGUGUGUAGAGAUUCCACAACAAGGGGUGAUUCGGUCACUAAAUGUCCAUGUCAGUGGGGCUAUACUUGUGUGGGAGUACAGACGACAGCAAAUGAUGGCCGGGAGUACAGACGACAGCAAAUGAUGGCCGGGAAGACAGACGACAGCAAAUGAUGGCCGGGAGUACAAAGGACAGCAAAUGAUGGCCGGGAGUACAGACAACAGCAAAUGAUGGCCGGGAGUACAGAUGACAGCAAAUGAUGGCCGGGAAGACAGAAGUGUCCGGCAGAUAACGACAGAAACUUUGAACCGGGUGAAGCUCAUCGCAACUGUUCUUCUUAACAUGUCCCUCUCAGUAUAAACUGAUGCACUGCUUCACACACACACUGAACAACUCUUGAAUUAGUGUUUUCAUGGAGAGAGAGUAGAUCCUGGGACCCGUACCAGUCUGUUUUCAAUCUCAACAGACACCUGCAAACCUAGUGUGCAGAAGAAAUUAAACAGAAUGCAUUGAGAAUGAACCAGUUGUUAGAUGUAGAAAAUUUAAGUGAUUGAAAUAGCAAUACAUAAGAAAAGAAGUCUCCCUAUAAUAUUUACAAGUGCAAUCUCAUUGUUAUAAAUGUGCCAUCUUGAUAUCGUCAUAUCAUUGUUUUAAGGACAAUGUCCUGAGUUUACAUGGCUAAGGUGUAUGUAUUAUGUAGAGGAUAUUUACAUGUGAUUUGUUGUUACCGUGGUAAAUAAAAGUAAAAUUAUA